CGUGAUACACUCGUUGGAGCCUUGACUUCAUUGGAUCCAAAUCCCCGGGAUUCACACACGUAUACCUUAAUAUCCGGGGGAGAGGCAAAGUUCACCAUCAGAGGAAAUAAAUUGUACACUACUGUCAUUCUGAACUAUGAGACGAUGAACAAACGAUAUGACUUGAAAAUUCGAAGCACAGACAAUGGCAAUCCUUCCUUGUUUAUAAACCAAGUGAUAACAGUCACCUUAACUGAUAUCAACGAAAGACCAACCUCUGUUCAGUUAUCAAAUCGUCAAAUAACAGAAAAUUCAGACCUCGACGCUGUCGUGGGCUUGUUAUCAACCACAGACGAAGACAACUCUCAAACACAUUCUUACACUUUGAUUGACUCAGCGGCUGGACGCUUUAAAAUUGACGGGAGAUCUCUUAAGGUCGCUAUAAGCAAUAGCAAUUGCCUUGCGAAGGGUGGAGAUUUUUGUAAACUGAAUUACGAGGCAAAACCAAGCCACCAGAUCACUGUACGAAGUGCUGAUAACGGGAACCCAGUUUUAUCGAUAAAUGCAACUUUCACAAUUAACCUCAUCGAUGUAAACGACCAGCCAAGAGAAUUGAGCCUAAGUGGAAACACCGUAAAAGAGACUGCAAAAAUAGGAACUGUAAUCGGAAGAUUUUCAGCGAACAACGAAGAUUCUGGACAGCAUUUGACUUACACUUUAUCUGACAAUGACCAAGGACGAUUUGCUGUGAGUUCAGAUGGAAUCUUGACAAAAGUUUUGGCAACAGAUUACGAGACAAACACAAAUCAUUUUAUAACGGCCGUUGUGAAAGACGAUGGAACACCUGUGAAACAGAUGAAAAAGACAUUUAUGAUUGAAGUAUUAAACGCACAUGAGCCCCCAGUCAGUGUCCAUCUUACUGACAAAGGUGGUCAGUUGUCGUUCCCACGAGACCAGGCCCAAGUCAAUGAAAACGCGACUGUCAAUGCAGUGGUGGGGUCCUUAGAAGCUAUAGAUGAUGAAGUUUCACAGAAUCUCAUUUUCACUCUGGAUAUCAAUCCUUUCCAGUCCUUCGCGGUAACACCAGCGGCUUGUACACACCCGAAAAAGACCAUUACCAAAUGUACAGCUCAAUUAAAGGUGAAAGGAUCAUUGAAUUAUGAAGUUACCACAAGUUUAAAAAUCACUGUCCGUGUAACAGAUCAACAUGGCAAGUUCAUAGUACGAAUGUUUAACAUCACUGUUCUUGAUAACAACGAUCGGCCGAGCAAUGUGACUAUCUCAGGGAGUCUGGAAGCUAACGUUGUUGAAAACAGCCGGACUGUGCUCAUUGGGGAACUGGUGACUACCGACGAGGAUAAAAACCAGAAUCACCAUUAUAAUCUGCUUAGCAACUCAGACAUUUUUGAAGUUCGAAGAAAUCGAUUUUUGUAUCUCAAAGAUGCGUUAGAUUACGAACAGAAACACAAAUAUGUUGUCAUGGUAACAUCUACUGAUGAUGGAUCUCCUGCGUUGACGUCAUCGACCCAAUCAUUUAUUGUUCACGUGAUAGAUCAAAACGAAGCUCCUGUAAGCGUAACAAUCAGUAAUGCGAACGUCCAGGAGAAUAGCCCCUCCGGAACUGUUAUUGGUAAUUUUACCAUCCAAGAUCCUGAUAACUCUGGUAAUUAUCCCCAAAAGCAGUCUCAUGUUUGCCUGCUAACAAACUCGGCCCAAGGAAAAUUCCAGAUUGUCCUUAAAAACGGUCAGAAUUCCCUUAUCCAGACUGUAAACUCCCUCGAUUACGAACAAGCUAGCUCGCACAAUAUUAGUGUCCUUUGUUCCGAUCCGUAUGGGCUAAAAAAGGAAGCUGAUUUCGAUGUAAUCGUGGACGAUGUAAAUGAGGCGCCAAUAAUGGUGGCUCUGUCGAAUUCCCAAAUUCAAGAGAAUAACGGAUCAGUGGUAGUUGGUAUUCUUUCCACGCAAGAUCCGGAUAACGCCAACAACCAAUCAAAACAGAGCUUUAACUAUUUUCUGAAUGCGUUUGGGGCCAGUCCUUUCGUGAUCAAUGGCAAUGUAUUGAGAACAACUAGAAGUCUGAAUUACGAGAAUUCAAAGUCUUGGACUGUUUCAGUGCGGGCCCGAGAUAGCGGGAAGCCAUCACUCUAUCGCGAUGAACGCCUUGUGGUGGAUGUUAUGAAUGUCAAUGACCGACCAUUCGCAAUCCAGUUAUCAAACGCUCAAAUUAGGGAAAACAGUGAUGUCGAUGUCGUUGUUGGUAACCUGGCAACAAGUGACGAAGAUAUUGGCCAGUGGCAUACGUACAAUCUCCUGGAUACUGCUGGCGGUCGUUUCAAGAUUGAAGGACAUUCAGUGAAGGUGGCAGUAUCAAACACACUUUGUCUUCAAUUUGGAGGUAGCUUAUGUCGGCUGAACUAUGAGGCUCAAGCACGCUUUAACGUCUCCAUCAGAACAACAGAUAAUGGAAAUCCUGUAAAACAUUUUGACCAAACGUUCAUCAUCUACAUCACUGAUGACAACGAUAGACCAAGAGACCUCAGGUUGGACAAAAACACGAUAUACGAAAAUGCAACUUUGGGAACUGUGAUUGGUUCUUUUACAGCACAUGACGAGGAUACCGGACAAAAUCUGAGCUUCUCAUUGGUUGAUACCGAUGAAGGGAGAUUUGCCUUGCUUGGUAAUAAGUUGGUGACAGCAAAAUCACUCGACCACGAAGCUGAUAAGAGGCACGUCAUUAGGGUGGCUGUUAUGGAUAAUGGCUAUAAUGCAUUGAAGCUGGCAGAAAACUUCACUAUAGAAGUUCUUAACAUUAACGAGGCUCCCAUUGCAGUGAAAUUUACAGGGGCCCAGGCUCCAGAAGUGUUUGAAAACACAACAACCGGAAGCCUUGUGGGAACGUUGCUAGCUAUAGACACGGACGCAAAUCAAGAUCUCAAGUUUUCACUGGACGAUGAUUCCCAAGGUGAAUUCUCGUUGGGCUCUUCGGCUGCGAUUUGCCAAUCAAUUUUAAAAGACCAGAACAAAACAAGAUGUACGACAGGACUGUUGCUAUCUAAACCCCUGAACUAUGAGUUAAAUGCUGUUCGUUCGAUAACUGUGCGUGUUACAGACAAUUUCGGGUUAUUCUCUGUGCAAAAAUUUGUCAUCAAUGUAUUGGACUCCAAUGAUGCGCCCACGAGCAUCACUCUGGGGGGAGGUGUGUCAGCGGUUGUCCCCGAAAACUCCGACGGGGCGUUAGUUGGGAAACUGCAAACGAGCGACGAAGAUGGUUCACAGCAGUGGAAAUAUGAUUUGCUGGAUGAUUACGCAGGGUUGUUUCAGGUGAACGGAACGCGAAUCUAUGUUAGCCAAGGGAGAUAUUUGAACUAUGAGAAAAAAUCGAAGUACAUUCUCACAGUGACAUCAGUUGAUAAUGGAGAACCAGCAUAUGGGAUUUCGCGAAAUUUUACGAUCCUUGUGGCGGACGUUAACGAAGCACCAACGCUCAUUGAGCUUUCAAGUACAGAAAUAUUUGAAAACUCACCCCCCGGGACUGUGAUAUCCAACGUCACUGUCAAUGAUCCCGAUAACAUCGUCACCCCAAGACAAACCCAUCAAUGCGUCGUGGCUAAUCACAAUAAGUUUAAGAUCGAUUCUGGGCGUUUGGUGAGCAGCAUGGCGUUUGAUUAUGAAACAACACCUUUUAUUUACAAUGUUUCCAUAGAGUGCACAGAUAGUGGGUCUCCUACGUUGAAACUUGUUCAAGAUUUUACUGCGAUUGUAAGGGACAUUAACGAAGCGCCAAGUGACAUUGUUCUGUCAGGUUUGACGGUUCUGGAGAAUCGCGACAAAGCUGUCAUUGCCACAAUCUCCACGAUCGAUCCAGACAAUAACAUCGUCAGUACCAGACAGAGUUUCCAAUAUCAGCUAAUCGCAGAUCCAGGCGUAGAUUUACCGUUCCAAAUUCACCAUAACGACACUUUGAUCACCACGCGAACCUUGGAUUAUGAAGUUGCAUCAUUGUGGAACAUUACCAUCGAGUCUCGUGAUACUGGAACACCUCCCUUGAGUGUCAAGCGCAGUUUUGUCAUUUCAGUACAAGACGUGAACGAGCGUCCAUCAAAUAUUAAUCUCUCACCCAAGAAUAUCAAAGAAAAUUCCGAUGAAGGACAGCUGGUUGGUAAACUUCGUGCAACCGAUGAAGACUUUGGCCAAGUUCAUCAAUUUACUUUACUAGACAGCGCUUUUGGUAGAUUCAAACUGGUUAACAACUCCGAAAUCAGGGUAGCCAUCUCAAACACUGGCUGCCUGCUGCAUGGCGGGAAAAGUUGUCUCCUGAAUUACGAAGGCGCGGACAACUUUUACACAAUACUUGUACGCGCGACGGAUGACGGGACGCCUCCGCAGCAAUUAACGAUGGGAAUUAAUAUAACCCUUGAUGACGUCAACGAUCAACCACGUGAUCUGGCGCUGUCAAAGUAUUGGGUAAAAGAGAAUGUCGUAUUGAAUACUACCGUCGGCUAUUUCACGGCCUCCGACGAGGACAAGAACUCGAUGAGCUAUACUUUAGUGCAGGGAGGUCGGGGUCUGUUCGGGGUCGAGACAAACGGUCGAUUGCACGUAGCAAAGCCCGUAGACCACGAGAAAUCCAGCACUGUGCAUGUUACUGUGAAGGUAACAGACAAUGGUGUUCCUCCAAAAUCGAUGAAAAAGAAAUUCACGAUCAUCAUCAAGAAUGUUAACGAAGCUCCGGUGAACACAAGUUUAACGUCAACUGACGGUCAACAAUCGUAUUCCGACGACCACGCGACGAUUAACGAAAAUUCUGCAAUGGACACGGUUGUGGGAACUUUGGUUUCUCUAGAUCAUGACGCUGGACAGAAUUUGAUGUACACACUGAAUGAUGACGCUGGUGGGCGUUUUUCUGUUGAUACAAGUACCAUAAGCUGCCAUAAUGACACUUCAAACCUAAAUAUUAAAACAAUAUGUACAUGCAAACUUGUGGUCAGUGGUCAUCUAAACUACGAAGACAUACCCUCCCAUGAAAUAAUUGUCGAGGUCUCAGAUGGCAACCACUCACGUGUCAGUAAUUUCACGAUCACUUUGCUGGAUAGAAAUGACCAACCGGAAAAUGUGACCAUACAGGGUUCUUUGACCGGUCGGGUAAGGGAGAACGCGAACAAUAAACUGAUCGGUGAGCUGGUGACUACAGAUGAAGAUGUUUCCCAGUCUCACGUCUACACUCUCAAAGGAAGUACGAGGUUUACCAUAAAAGGAAACAAGCUGUAUACGUCACAGGGAGCGAAUCUAAAUUAUGAAGAGAAACAGGAAUUUAGGAUUGUAAUCAUGUCUACAGAUAACGGCUACCCUCCGAAGAGUGUCAAACAGAACUUAACUAUUGAGGUCGAAGACGUGAAUGAACCUCCCAGUAAUAUCAUUCUCAGCGGUUUAACCAUCAAUGAAAACAGCCAAAGCGGAACUCUGGUCGCUAAUAUCACCAUUGACGACCCUGACAACCGCGGAACAAAGGGUGUCUGGCAGACGCACAAAUGCCAACUCGUCGACUCGGCCCAAGAUCGCUUUAAUAUCCAAAACUCGUUACUAGUCUCCUCGGGCGACCUUAACUACGAACAAUCAACUACACACGGUAUUAUAAUAAGAUGCCUCGAUUCUGGUUCGAAGCCUUUGACUAUACAAAAAUCAUUCGACAUUCAAGUUCUCGACAUCAAUGAAAGGCCAGAACAGAUAAAGCUGUCGAACAAGGUGGUUUCAGAAAACGGGGGUCCUUUGCUCGUAGGGGAAUUAAAUACCAUAGACCCGGAUAAAGCCCAGUCGUUCAAGUAUUUCUUGGUAUCAGCAAGCGAGGAAAAUAUGUUUUAUAUUAAUGGAAGUCAACUCAAGACGUACUCAAGUUUGGAUUACGAGAGCAGAAGCUUGUGGCAUUUAGUAAUUAACACUGUUGAUCAAGGAGGUCUGAAUUUAACUCAGGACUUUAGAAUUACCAUAAAGGACACUAAUGACCGCCCGACCGAUAUUUCGAUAAGCGUACCGUUAGCUGUUUUUGAAAACAGUGACCUCGGCUCAUCUGUUACAGUAUUCACUGCAGUGGAUCAAGACGUCAGUCAAACACAUCGAUAUUUCAUAAAGAGCAUCACUGCUUUUGGCCCUAGAUCAAACAUUAUUUCUGGUUAUCAAAAAGCAUUCAAGUUAGAUCCAAUAUCAGGAAAGCUAACAGUCGCUUCUUAUAUCGAUUACGAGGCUGUUACGGGGUUCAAAUUGGAGAUCAUGACUGAAGACAACGGGUAUCCACAAUUCACCUUUAACAAAACGUUUACCCUCGAUGUCCUCGAUGUCAACGAAGCACCAAAUGACCUCACGCUUGAUAAGAACAAGAUAGAAGAGAACAGCGCCGUGGAUUCGUUGGUAGGAAAUCUUAAUGUUUCAGAUCCCGACAACGUCAAUGAAGAAAAACAUUUUUACACUUGUCACGUUGUAAACAACGUUCCUUUCAAAGUAUCACAAAUACAAUUGGUUGUGUCAAAAGCUGACUUAGAUUUCGAAACACAGUCGGAAUUUUCUGUGAAGGUCAACUGCACUCAAACUAGCAAUUCAACUUUUUACAUCUAUCGAUCGUUUCGAGUUCUCUUAACAGACGUCAACGAAGCACCUUACAAUCUAACGAUAUUAAAUGGUGAAUCCGUUCAAGAAAAUCAGCCGAACCUAACAUUGGUCGGCACCCUGGUUGCUUUGGACCAGGACGCUAAAGACAAAAUACGGUUCGAAUUUACCGACAAAAGUGGGGACUCGUCCAAAUUUUUCAUCAACGGUAACAGCUUGCUGACAUCAGCAGUUUUCGAUUAUGAAGAGAAGAAUAGUUAUUCGAUUAGCGUCGUCGCCAAGGAUGAUGGGAUACCAUCUCUGAACCAAACCAAACAAUUUAAAAUUAAGAUUCUUGAUAUGAACGACAAACCAGUCGCCAUGAGAUUCAAUUCGUCGGGAGUGAAUGAAAACGCCAUAAAUGGCACUGUUGUUGGAAACUUUAUAACAGAUGACCCUGAUCAACACGACACUCACAACUACACCUUGCUUGACUAUAACUUAACAUUUCGCAUCAGCGAAGGCAAGCUGCUAGUGAAAGAAUCAGAUCGCUUGGACUUUGAAAUACAAGCUGAAAUUGUAAUUCUCGUUCGAUCCACUGACAAUGGAAAUCCAACGAUGUCUAUCCAGGAAAAUAUAACAGUGAAAAUACUCGAUGUGAACGACGAACCCUACGAAAUCAGAAAUCUGUCGAACUUAUCACUGGACGAGAACACACAAGGAAAGACUGCUAUCGUAUUCGAGGUCCUCGAUGAUGAUAUUGGCCAGACCCACAUUUGUGUUGUUGAAGAUUCAGAGUUAUUUAUCAUGGAUGAAACACCUGAUCAGAACUGGUCUCUUUGUGUGAAGAAAGGCUCGGUAAUUAAUCAUGAAAGAAACAGUACGAUUUCAAUAAAAGUGAACUGCUCGGACAGCGGUGAUCCACCAUUAUCGAGGUCAGAAACAUUCACAAUCAUUAUAACAGAUGUAAAUGAGGCGCCCGUUAAUUUGUACUUAAACGGCACAUUCGCUGUGGACGAGAUCGCUUAUGUUGGUUAUUCACUCGGAGAUUUGAUGUGCGAAGAUCCUGAUCGUGAGCAAACUUGUUCAUUCCAAGUCAUCGGGCAAUUUGAAGAGACAUUCAAUGUUACAAGGAACGCGAGUUUGAAGGUGAUCUCAAAAGCAAAACUUGACUACGAAAAACUGGAUUCUCCUUUCAUAAAUGUAUCAAUCAAAGCAACAGACGACGGCCAGCCAAGGUUAUCAUUGACCAAGAAUCUCAAUAUCACCGUGAACGAAGUUAACGAAGGCGCGAAUGAGAUUCAUUUAAGUCCUGGGGACAUCACAUUCAAAGAAACUGCGAAAGUAGGUACGAACAUCAGCGAACUGGUCUGCAAUAACCCAGAGAAGUGGCAAGUGCUGGAAUACACUUUGAUAUCGAGCGGAACUCCUUUUGAGAUUGUCAAGGAACCGUAUAACGUCACCUUCGAUCCUCCGAUUUUGACUAAAUUCGGAGUAAAGCAACGUAAAUUUGAAUUGCAUAAAUCAUACCUGAUAUUGAGUAAGCCAUUCCGAAAUUAUGAUAUCAGUUCGAGUUACACAGUGUUAGUUCAAGUUUCGGACAAUGGCGAACCGCCGAAGUCGUUCAAUGGUAGUGUUUUUGUCCACGUCUCCAGAGUCGAUCCAUGUCUCCCGGUGAACAACUGCAGUGUAAACGCAAGUUGUGGUAGGAUUGAUGGCUUCACAUACUCGUGCGCAUGUCUGGACGGCUUCGAAGGAGACGGAUACAAAUGCAUCAACAUCGAUGAUUGCUUGAGUUCUGAAUAUUGCGAAGGUGAAGAUGUAACGAUUUGUCCUGCCUGUGAUCAUGUAAAUAAAUCCGCCUGUCUUGCCUGCGAGAAGAAGGGAACGGAGUGUCUUGCGUGCGAACGAAACGCAACGGAAUGCCUUGCGUGUGAACGGGGUGCAAAGCGGUGUGAUGCUUGUAUAAACGAUGCAACGUGUCACGAUCAUGUUUUGACUUUCAGUUGCAAUUGCCCGGCCGGGUAUAAUGGUACUCGUUGCGGCCAUAAUAUUAAUGAAUGCGAAGCAGGGAACUUCAAUUACAGUUGUAAUGAAGGACAUAGCACGUGUACAGACGGGAUUAAUAACAUAACGUGUGAUUGCGAUAGAGGAUUCACGGAUUGGCUUUGUGAAACAAACAUCGACGAUUGUCUUUCUCAACCUUGUCAUCCGUACGGUGAAUGCAUCGAUCAUAUCGGAUCGUAUGAGUGCAAAUGCAAUGCGGGCUACAUGGGCUCGCGAUGCGAGCGUUUUGUGGGAGAAAACGAAGACAAAUGCCCGGAUGAACAGAUUUAUGUCCCGUGGCCAUUAAAUUCCAACGAGGGGAAAACUCGUAGAAAGGAAUCGGAAGGGCGUGAAAAUGGAAACUCCAACGAAGAAGAAGUCCCAGAAAGCAGCGACGAUUGCUUUGGCGGUGAAAACUUGAUCAAGCUGUACUUUGAUAAGGAUCUACUGAAAAUUUUAAAAGAAGGAGGGGUCAGCAUCCACGACGUUGAAGUCAUCGCCGCGAUGAGAAUCGAACUCGAAGAUUGGCUGAAAAAGGUUAUUCAAGUUUGGUAUACAUACGCCAAAAGUUUCAACCAGGAAGGCGAUUACAAUUUGAGUGAUGUGAGCAUUCUGGACGAUGUUACUAUCAACGCUCGGAACAUCUCAGUGUCCAUGAUCGCCAGAGUUGGAAAGAAGGCUCUCUCUAGAACCGGGUUCAUUUGUUCUCUUCAUCGAAGUAUGAAUUGCUCCGGGAAGCUCGAACUAUAUGCAUACUAUACAUCCAACAAUUUCCGCUUUAGAAACUACCUCUGCCCGACCGUCAAGAAUGUAGAAGAACUGAAAUGUAAAAGUCAAAAUGCAAGUCUAGGAAAUUUGUAUAGUCCUAACCAUUCAAGCGUAUUACCCCGGUGGUCGAUUUACUUGCUUGGUGGUUUAGGUGCGGCCAUGUUAGUAUUUGUCGUGCUUUACGUUUGCUACGCCAAAAAAUCUCGGCGGCUGAACGCUCAGAAAACUUCGCGAAAUUGCGAGCGAUACGUUGACGUGAAUUUACCGGAAGAGGGCGACAAACAUUAUCGUGACGGCUUGUCUCGUGAUCACGUCUCGACCAAUGGGGGCGGAGAAAUGAAUCCCAUAUAUGGCUUCGAUGAGAAUGAGGACGAGUUGCAGAUUUCUGCGAAUCCUCUAUACGACACAUCGGGUGGUACCGAGACGCUGCAAUUAAGUCGUAUCCAGCACUUCGAGAAUCCAGCAUACAGUACUUUCGAGCGAAAACCUGGACAGGAAGCACAGCCGCCUAUCGGGGAUGGUGAUGAUUAUUCCAAUCAUGAAUAA